AUGAGAGCAGCCCUCGCUCCCAUUCGCAGUGCUUUCCAUCGAUGCAGAGGCAUAAGCUUCAAGAGUGCUGCAGAACUGCGGAGAGCUUGUCGGUCAAACACCUGGACAGGGCCAACCGCAGGGGAGGCGCCUGGUUAUGUCCAGGCCAAUUUGGUCAUCCUCCCAGGCAAGUAUGCGGAACAGUUUAGAGACUUUUGUGUCAAAAAUGCAGCGCCGUGCCCCCUCUUGGAGCACACUGGCCCUGGCUCCUUCGAACCUAAACACCUCGCACCCGGUGCAGAUCUUCGCACAGACUUGCCCAAGUAUCAUGUCUGGAGAGAAGGCAAAAUGGUGGAGGAAAGACAGGAAGUCCUGGGCCUUUGUGAAGAUGAUAUGCACGGCUUUCUUCUCGGAUGCUCAUUCACGUGGGAAGAUCUCCUAGCAGAGGCUUAUUUGACCCCUCGCCAUGUUGAGGAAGGUCGGAAUGUGCCAAUGUUCGACUCAUCAAUCGAAUUGAGGAGUGCGGGUCCUUUUCAAGGCCACAUGGUCGUGUCGAUGCGGCCAUACCGCAAAGAAGAUGCCGAGAAGGUUUGUGCGAUAACAGGGGAAUUUCCAGCUGCCCAUGGCCCACCAGUGCAAAUCGGUCAACCAGCCGAGAUUGGUGUGAAGGACCUUAUGAGACCAGACUACGGAGAGGCAGUUUCAUUCAAAGAUGGGGAGGUCCCUCUGUUCUGGGCUUGUGGUGUCACACCACAAAAUGCAUUGAAGCAGGCGAAACUGCCUUUAGUGAUCACCCAUGCACCUGGUCACAUGUUCGUUGGCGACAUUCGCAACGAUGAGCUCAAAGAUUGGCAAGUACCUGGUGUGUGGUCUGCACGCCCCACGCAAGUGGAGUGA